AUGUCCACAGCGAAUACGAUAUUAGUGUUAGAUGAAAUCUUUGCGACUUUUGGAUAUCCGAAAUACUUAGUAUCGGAUAAUGGAAGAACGUUUAUUGCUAAGGAGUUCAAAAACUUUUUAGAAAAGCGAGGUGUUAAAUUAAAAUUAACAGCACCUUACCACCCAGCGACAAAUGGACAAGCCGAAAGGUUUGUUCAAACGCUUAAAAAUUCACUAAAGCGCAUGUGUAGUACAGGAGUCAACGUAGAAACAAAACUACAAGAAAUGUUAAUACGGUACCGUACAAUGCCACAUUCAGUAACCGGGAAAUCGCCGGCAGAAUUGUUUCUAGGGAGGCAAAUUCGAAAUCGACUACAACUCAUUUUCCCAGAAAAACAUAAAGAGAAAGUUCCGUUCUCUGAUAGUUUUUUUAAAGAGGGGGAAAGAGUGAGCUGCAGAAAUUACAUAGGUAUGAAGAAAUGGAAAUUUGGUAGGAUUAGUAGUAGAUUAGGCGAGUGCAAUUUCGAAAUAAAGUUGGAUAACGGUCAAAUUUGGCGUAGACAUGUAGAUCAAAUGCGUAAGAUCGGUCAAAAUACCCCGGUAGUUGAAAGCAAAAUUAAAGAGCAUGUGUUGAGCCAGGGACCUGCUGAAGAAUUAAUUGAAGUUCCGACAUCAAGAAAUGAAGGUGACGAACAAGCAGAAAGAGGCUCGCAAACAUCGCAGAUACCAGGACGAGAUAGAGAAGAUCCUCCGCAAACUAUUAUACCAUUGCGCAGGUCGACUCGCAUCCGGAAACCUCCUGAUCGUUUUCAGUUGUAA